AUGGCGAGCGUGGACCACGGGCGCGAGCCGUGCCCGCACAGAAUCUUCGACGACGUCGGCGGCGCGUUCGCCAUGGGCGCCGUGGGCGGUGGAUUCGUGAACCUCGUCAAGGGUGCGUACAACUCCCCGAGAGGUUUCGCCGUGAUCGGUGGCCUCGAGGCGAUCCGGCGCGAGGCGCCGCGCGUGGGCGGCUCGUUCGCGGUGUGGGGUGGAUUGUUCUCGGCGUUUGAUUGCGCGCUGGUGGCGGUGAGACGAAAGGAGGACCCGUGGAACCCGAUCAUCUCGGGCGCGGCGACGGGCGGCGUGUUGCAGCUGCGGUACGGGUUGCCGUCGGCGGCGAGAUCGGCGGCGUUCGGGGGGUUUCUGUUGGCGGUUAUCGAAGGUAUAAGUAUCAUGCUGACGCGGUUGACGGCGCCGCCGCCGCCGCCGCCGGUGAUGGCGAUGCCGGGAGACGCUCCGAGCGGAGGGAUCCCGCAGGAGGCGCAGCAGGAGAGCGGGUCCGUCUGGGGGAACAUUUUCGGCGGUGGGCGCAAGGAGGAGACGACGGAGGCACCGAACAUGCCAGAUUUUAACACGACGGAGUUGAAGUGA